ACCUUGGACUAUUAUAUGUACCACCUCAUUCUUUCCUCUGCACUUCCACAACCUAAAACAACGUACACAGUCUAUUCGAUCAAAGAGAAAGUCAGAAAGAGAGAGAUGAUGAGCAGCGGCUGCAUCACACUUCAUAAUGAUCUCCGAUUCCAGCCGUCCGACGAGGACCUGGUGAGUGAUUACUUGGAGAAGAAGAAUCAGCGCAAGGAUCUCGAAAUCAAGGCCAUCAUCUCUGUAACCAAGAUGUUAGAGCACGAGCCUCGCGACUUACCAGCCCUGGUACCAAGGGUGAAAUUUCUGAUCAGGGAGUGGCAAUUCACCAUGGCGGACUCUCCGGACAUGGAGCGGUACUUCUACAGUCCGCGAGUUUUUAAACACAGCAAAAGCAAAAGCACUCGCUCCAACAGGAAGACGGGGGAAGGCUACUGGAAGAAGCAAGGUGAGGACCGCAGAAUCACUCGGGCAGGUUCUGAUGAGCAGAUCGGGGGGAAGAGGAUCUUGACCUUCUACCUGCAGGAGAAACAGAAGACCGACUUUGUUAUCCAUGAGUAUUAUCAGACUAAGCCGAAUUCUGAUGAGCAGAUCGGGGACUUUGUUCUUUGCCGCUUCAAGAACAAGUCAGGCAAGUCUGAUCAUGAUCAGCAGGACGAUCCACUGUGCGAUGGAGGUGAACCUAAUAGUGGUAGCUGCAGUAUGGUCUCCAAUGUUGAAGAUCAAGGAUCCAAAGAGCUGGGAACUGUUCUUCCGAUUCCCAAUGGCCAUAAUGAUGAAGCUGAACAUGGUGGCGGUAGCUGCAGUAUGGCCUUUGAUGUUGAAAAUCAAGCAUCCAAACAGCUGGAAAAUGAUCUUCCGAUUCCCAAUGGCAAUGAUAAUGAAGCUGAACAUGGAAGCAGCUGCCUCAUCACCCCUGGUUUUGAAAAUGAAGCUGCAGCAUUUGAUAUGCUUACAGAAGAAGAAAUAAACCAGACAUUCAAGGAGCUGAUAGAUGCUGUUUGGCCGGAAUAUGAUGGCAAUGAACAAGAAGUUAGUGGCUCGCAAACUGAUCCAUGUUAUAUUGAUAAGAAUGAUCUUUCGAUCUCUGUCAAAGGUCAACCAGCUGAUAGCUGCAAUUCAUCUGAUUCCGAUAUGGUUGAAGAGCUACUUGGUGAGCCAGGACAUCUGGCCUUACACCUUCAUCCACCUCCGCCACCCAAUAUGUUUGUAAAGCCACUUGAUGAGCCAAGAAAUCUGGCCUUACCCCUUCAUCCACCUCCAUCACCUCAACUGCAGUCACCAAUAUACACAAAGCUGGGCACCACCAAUGUCCAAAAUGAUGAAUCUCGUAAGAGGAAAUAUUCAUUUGGGGAUAAUGACCCUUUUCUUACGAAGAAGAAUCAUAUCGAUGAAGUAGAUAGCAACUCUUCAUCUAAUUCUGAAAAUCAAGCUGCGGAUGCGAUUCCAGAGGGAUAUUCUCAACCAGGAGAAAAUCUGGAAUCUGAUUCAUUUCAGUCGCAGGAACUACCAUCAAUAAACAGAGAACCGGGAGAUUUUCCCCGUGACAAUAAUUUAAUUGAAUGGGGUAAGUUUCCAUCUAUAACAGAAGGUUUUGACUCUUCUCUCGAGUUCUCAGAUACAUUUAUUGAUUGCUACCCCUGUGACGGAAACACCGAAGCCAUCUCUGUAUCGGUAAACGAUUAUUCUACAUUAGCCAUAGGAGAAACACCCAAUGUAGCUAGUCAACCUUUAUUUAUAGGAGAAUAUCAGUGGAGGCCACAGUAAUGAUGUGUCUGUAACUUGCAUUAUUACAGUUGGUGAUAUUCUCCUACAAAUGAUUCAAAGAUCUCCAAGCUGUAUGAAAUGCUCAGUGUGUUCUGCAUUUCUUGCACUGGAGGCUUUCUGUUUUUCUUUUCUUUUUCUUUGAGAGGGGGUCACAGCAUCCCCCAGUGAACUCUUAGUUGAAAGAGGGAAUCCAUAUGGUUGGAAUGCCUCUGAAUGCAACUAGUCCAGGGAAAUAAAGAUUUCUUUUCUCAUAAGCAGUUCCUCAGAGGUGGAGCUUCCUCUGUUGACAUUACUACCGAUUUUCAUUCCUCAGAUUGUCUUGUCCAUAUAAGUACCAACAUUCCUUCCUCUAUCGUGUCAACAAAAGUACCGAUAUUUGUUCCUCAUAUCCUUAGUUUUCAAAUUUCCUAAAAUUAAAGGGCAUAAGUAUCCAUAUCUUCAUCCCCAUUAGUGAAUCCUCAGGAUCACCAAUAGUCAUUCCUCAAGCAGAUACUCUGCAAUUAGUCUGUCCUUAAGAUCAAAGGACAUACACUAAACAUCAGUAUCAUCCGAUAUCGAUGACAAUCACAGAAAUAAACAUGGGAGGUGCUCCUAGAAGAAUCCGACUGCAGAGCAGCAUCACAAGCCAAGGUUGGUGAAGAUGCAGAAGCAUUAUAUUUGCUGUUUAUCUUGCCCAGAAGAAACUGAAAGUCCUGGAAGCAGACAACAGUUCGAAGCUGGCAGCAAUUUAUAGGAUUCUUCCAUUUUCCAGGAAGCGUCUCCUUCAAACAGUAAAGCAUACGGACCGAGUUCGCAGUCCUAGCCUGAGAGGCCACUAUGGACAAACAACUGUACCGAGUUCGUAGUCCUAGCCUGAGAGGCCACUAUGGACAAACAACUGUAGCAUAGUCGCUAAUCUGUAAGCGGUAUCACAUAGCAGCUGCAGCAUAGCUGCUGAAGAAUAAUCAGGCUGCAGCAUUCUGUCUGGUUAUUGAAAAAGGAAGUUUUGGGCUCCAUCUGUUAAUGGAGUAGUGGUUACAAUCAUUUCCGAGAUGUAUGAAUACAAUCAAAGGUCAUAGAGAGGACUUCAGACUGAGAGUCUGACCCAUGCCUACAACCAAAAAUUGUAUUGCAGUUCAAACUGCUCUUGUUUGUAUUACGCUAAUAUUAUUGUACAUUUUGUUCAUUAUGAAGCUUGAACAUUCAAUGGAAUUUUGUGUAUU